GGAAUCGAAAGCGGCAUUUCAGUUCUUUGAGUACGUGUUCUUUCUUUUCAAAGUUGUCCAAAAAUCUACUAAUACCAACCAAUUCUCGAAUUCCUUUGCUUGAUAGAGUUGGAUGUUCGGUUUCCUGGUUAGAUCAGAGUAUGUGCGGGUGGGUGGAAUCAAUAGAGGGCACGGCUGGCUGCAUCGCGUUUUGAUUCCAGCAGGAAGUGUUACGGUGGUUCGCAGAACUUUCGAGGAAGUGACGAUUUGUUAGCCUUUCAUCUAUUCACUGGUGUAUGUUUUUGUGACUAACUAGUAGCCACUGGACAGAAGUGGGGUUUUUCGUGAAUCGUGAGAUACGUAGCUCAACGGGCAUCAGCAACCGUUGUUCGAACGUGAGCAGAAGACUUCGUGAGUCAAAGUUGCCCGUUCAGGAACUUGGAAAUUCAACAGACCCAGCACACAAAGGCAAGUCGUCCAAUUCACCCAAACAACACAUCAGCAAUUUGACCAGCUUAAAAGAAGACUUGGAUUAUAGACAGUGGCAAAAUAAUUAUCACCAUCCAUUAGAGAUCAAGAAACAAGUUUUGGAAGAAGCCAUCAAGUCCAAGCUACGUGAAGUGGAAGUUGUGGUAGUGGACGGUCUACACAGCGGUGCUUAUGUCGAGCAAAAUCAGACCGGGAUAAACCCAGCCAGGACAAGGCAGAAGAAUUUCUCGGACAGUCGUUCAUCUGAAAAUGAGUGUGAUGUACAGGAAUCAGCAAACCGUGACAGGCAUCAACUGACCAGUAGUAACUCAAGGAGCUGUUCCAGAACCAGUGCAAGCUAGUAAUUCUAGUGAUAGUAAUAAUAAUUUGUGCAAUUUAUUGUGGUGGAUACCCGGAACUUACGCAGUGAUAAUAGUGAUUCGGGUUUUUUGCGCGAGAAAGGAAAGUGAAAAACGCUGCUGGUGGACAGGAUUGUGCAAUAGUGGCGGAACAGAACGUCAAUGAAAGGCAUCUAAACCACAUCCCUACAGAGAACACCCGCAACGUUAUUGGCAGAACGGGAAAAGGAAGCGAUCGCGACACGGCUUGCAUAAUUAGAGUUGUGAUGUCAUUGUCAGGUGACGAUGACGGCCUUCUUUGUUCGUCUUCGCCGCUCAGCAGUAUGGAUUUUGACAACACUCCCAACUUAUUGCGCUUCCCUGACGAUCGUAGUGACUCUGGCGUGAGUUCUUUGCGCUCAGGAAGUGGGGAUGAGCGCUGUGGAUCCAGAUCCAGCGCGUUAAGUUUAUCUGACGACCCACCCAAUCCUCUAGCAGGACAAUCUUCUUGCAACUGCACCUCGUCAGUACAGUCCGCCACCCGUUCUUCAAUUUUCGUUCCGGCCGGCGUAUCGACCGCCGAGCCGGUGCGCGUCUGGCGCGAUCCAGGCCUGCUCCUUCAGGUACGAGAGGAGCCCCACGUGCGGCACGUGCAUAGCGUGCAGCAUCAGACUCUGCUAAUGUCGCACCCGCAAGCCCCAUCUACAGGCCCACAGCCGCCCACCUCGGCACCCACUAGCCUCCCGGCAGCUCUGUAUCCACCAAUGGCUCCUCACCCGUUAGCAUCUCAUCCUGGCAUGCCAAAUGUUGCUAGCCAUCCCCAUCUACCACCGCCUCAUCUACUGCAUCCCAACUUUUCCGAUAUGAUUUGGAAGCAGCAACGGUAUGCGGCAGUUCCUACCCAUCUUUUGGGCAACCAACAAGCAAGCCAUACGGCCGAAGACUUGGAAAGGGAACGAGCUAUGUUUCAAGAACGGCACACUCACAAUGAAAGGAUGAUUCGGCAGCAACAUGAGCAACAGCAUCGAGACAAAGAGAGAUUGGAUCGGGAGAGACAGGAACGUGAUAAAAUGGACCGAGAGAGGGAAAAACAAGAACGAGAUCGAGAAGAAAAGGAGAGACAGGAACAGGCAUUACAUAACCAUUUUGAAAAAUCGCUUAGAGCUGCACAGCAAAAGCGUGAGCAGCAACAGCAAUGGAACUCUAUAGGUAAUAGGCAAACCCAGUCAAGAACUUCGACCUUGUCCGAAGAAGAUCGAAAGCAAACUGACCUGCAUCAAAGAGAGAGGCAUAUGGCGGCGGUGAGGGCGAAUGACGCUAACCAUAGGUAUUACGGCACCGUUGCGUCGAAGACGAAAGGAGAGUAUCCGCCCCCGCCAGCUCAUACUAGCCGAUUGUCUCAAGGCAAAUCGAGCGAGAAGCUGACGAACAUGCACUCAUCAAUGAUGCCAAAAACCGAGUUGUCAAUGUACGGGUACCAAGUUCACACCUCACCGAACACGUUCUACGAACCAAAGAAAACUGAGAUUCAUAAAAGUACUGCGAGUGGUUUGGUUGUCACUAAAACCAGUAUUGACAACAGGGACAUGUCCAAUCCUCCUGUUCUUGUAAACGAGGGAAAAAGUUCUGUGAUUGUUAAGCACGAUGCUAAGUCGACGCACCAUGUUGAGCCCAGGGUGUCCAUAGCUUUGAGCCCUAGUCCUAAGUUAAGAAAUGAACUGAUGAGUCACUAUAUUACCGCAUCAGGAGGAGCUGGUCAAAAGAGUUUAUAUGAAUACAGAAGCCCAAGUCAGUCUCCCCAUCACUUAAACCCACACACCGCGAGUCCACAUCAUCAUAUGGAAGUGGCGAAGUCAGCAGCGCAGCAGCAUCAUCGGUCUUCUUCUAGUGGUCAAUUGCCGAGUCCUCAUCAUCAGCGCCAGUCUCCGCAUGCAAACCCAGCAGUGCAUCCGCACAGUCAGCAACAUUCUUCUCCUGAACUGCGUUAUAGACAAGACCUGGCACCGAGCGCUCAGACCAUGAUAUUCCCCACUGGAGCAAAAUGUGGUUAUUCGUACAUGUCGUCAAUGCACCCAACAUCCACUUCUUCAGGGUCUAAAACUAAAGUCUCUUCUCCGGCACCGCAUCACAUUUACGGAAAACCAACUGCUGUUAGUGUCGUGCCAGUGACAAGAUUGAAUGAAUCGUCAGUGCCCUUGACACUCCAUAAACCUCCGCUCGGCACCAGCAUAUCUUCUCCGUACCAGCAAGUUUCUCAAUACCAUCCUCCAGCUAUGGCGUCUGUGCCUGCAAUGACCACGUGUCCACCACCUGCUCAUAGCAGCCGAACAACAUCGACAAUUGGAUAUGAGCGUCCACCCUAUUCCACAAGCGUCUUACCCCUGACAAGUCUCUCGGUCAAAGUCCUUAGUGAGCCUGGUACUUCGCCACCAACACCUUCAUCCGUCCCCAUAAAUACUUGUCGCUCUAGCUACAGUAUGGCUUCUGGUGCGGCCGGUAUCCAGCAAAUUCAAACUCAACCUCUGGAUUUGGGAAUCGGGCCAAAUAAGUCAAAUGAUAACGGUCAACCCAUAUCACCUAAAAGGAAAAGUACGCCGCUAUGUUUGGAAGGCAAGAAGCGCAGAAUUGACUCCCCGAAUAUGCAGCAUGGUUUGAAGAACUUUUGCAAUAACGUGCCUCCAAAUUUAGUUGUUCAAUCCAGUUUAUCCGGGCAACCUCAAUUAGCUCGAGUUAGUGAACCUAGUCCGUUAAUAGCCAGUGCGGCCACAACGAUUACCACGCUGGUAAACACUGCAGCUUACAGGGCUCCAUUGCCAACGAUUAUGAAUUCAUUGGGGGGUACUCAGUCGCCCCCAUUGCUGACAGACCUACCAGAUUUAAGUGUUACUGCUGUUACGGUGGAAGUACCCAGACCGGCGAGUACCGAUUCAACACAUUCCAUUCCGAUUGCAAAACCGGGCACUCCUGUCGCCAUGCCACCAAAUUUAAGCCCGUCGCCACAGGUUCGGAACACUGGCACCCCAAGUAGUUCAAGUGGCACGGCUUCCAAUUCAGUUUCUCUCAAUAUGUCUUUAAUCAGUAAUAGUUCGAAUGAGACAAGCGCUCCAAAUAUGUUUGCUUCUUCCAAUUUGACGGUUUCUGAAGACGCAGCCACUCCGCCAAUGACCGAUGACUAUCCAGGAAUAUCUGUUAAACUAACCACGGUUACACCCAGUGUGAUAGAUUCAGAGAAGAGCAAUAGUCCGGGCCCUCAGAAGAACCCAGGUGGCAACUACCCUGUUCGGCAUUUGAAGAAGGCGUGGUUGCAAAGGCAUACGGGAGAAGACAUUGAAGAUACCACUGGCUUAGUGGGUUCCGGAAGUUGCGUCACGUUACCGUUAAAUAUCAGUACCUCCAGCCCUCCAUCUGUUAAAAAUGAAACACCUUCAGUCAAAUCAAUUCACGCGGUGGGCAGCAUGGCAGUGAACAGUAUCAACAAGUCGAAACCCUUUCAGUGUAAGUCGACCAACCGCAAGCCGGCAAAAGAGACAAGUGCUAAUGGACAUCUGGCUGAUAAAAAUGGAGAUGAUUCGUCCAGUUCAGACCCUGAGAGAAACGAUCGAAAAAGUCCGCCAAAGCGAAAAACGCCCAAAGUCACCCGAAAAAAAGGGGGCGGCGGGACCGCUUCAUUUGCUAAAAAAGUGUCCGAGGAGAAGAAGAGGAAAAGUGAAAAACAGCCAACUCAAAGUGAGAGCGGCAGUGAAAGUGAUAAAGAAUCUGAUAGCGCCAAAGAUAGCGAUUCGGGAGCUAGUACAACUGUUUCUGGAGGCGGUAAGAAGCCCGGCAAGGAACCUAGAAAGCGUGGUAGACGACCAAAGGGUUCAAAAAACGACAAGGGCGAGGAGCCGCGCGUCAAAAAACCUAAAGAAGAGCCCCCGCGCGACCCCUUUCGCAAACCUCCAGUGGGGCAACUGAAAAAGACUGGCGAAAGCUUUCUGCAGGAUGGCCCUUGUUUCGAGGUCGCGCCGAAACUUGCAAAAUGCCGGGAAUGCAGAUGGACGCCCAAUCAGCGAUCAAGAAAUAUGCCCAACAUUUUCUGCCGGUUUUACGCGUUUCGUCGUUUGCGAUACACGAAAAACAAUCAAUUGGCCAUUGCUGGCUUCAGUGAUCCGCACAAGGAUGCAAUGGAGGAGGACAUCAAGUUAUGGCUACCGAAUACCGAAAAUCCUCCCGGUGACUUGGACAUGGAUACUUCGCGGUUUUUGCUUACGCAAGUUGGUGAUCAUUUCUGUGAUUUGUUGGUACAGGAAAAGGAGGCACAUGAAGAGCACAUGUCUGAAGACAAGGUGGUGGCGUGGAAAAGAGUAGUUCAAGGUGUUCGAGAAAUGUGCGAUGUUUGCGAAACUACUUUGUUCAACUACCACUGGACUUGCGGCAAAUGUGGAUUUGUCGUAUGUCUCGAUUGCUAUAAGAGUCGAAAAAAAGGUACUAUUAAGACACUGAACGAGCCAGGAAAAGAUAGGGAUGAAUGCAUGUGGCUGUUGUGCACCAAUCGGUCAUCUCAUGAACAGGAAAAGCUGAUGCUCACGCAGAUCAUCGCCGACGAUUGCAUCCUCAAACUGGGGAAGAUGGUUCACGAGAUGCGGGAGCUCUGGUCUAUCGAACAGUUUUGCGGGUGUCCUAAUUCUAAAGAGACGAAAGUGAACAAUGUCGAAUGCAAGGAGAUGGUCAACAUCAUCAUGAACGAGAACAUGAAUGGCGUAAAAAAAGAAGUGAAAGAAGAGUCCAAAGGUGCUAUUAACGGAGUUAAGGAAGACUCGCAAUCGUCUUUAAAAUGGUUAGCGGAUGUAGCCCUGAAAGCCGAAGAACCAGUCAGCGAAGAGGAGCUGGAAACUGGCAGUUUUUCGACGUUGAGAGAACUGUUGGUUCGCCCCACUCAUAAAGCGAACGGCUCUUCCAGAGCCGGCUCACCCAAUUUGAAAACGGACAAGAAGAAAUCCAAAUUGGAUAAGCCUGAAACUGAUCCGUUGUCUACGUGCGGACUAGAAAAUCCGACCAAGUCGCCAAAGGAGGAACCAGAAGAGAAAAUUGAACUGAAACAUUAUAUUCGAAGAUAUAAUUGGCAGCAUAAAGGCAGACAGCAGUUGCCCAUCCGGAUAAUGACACUCACUGAAAGUAAAAUUCUUUAUCCCCAUGUUCCUCAUUCUUGGCUGUGCGAUGGCAAGCUGUUACGCCUCAGUGAUCCUGCAUGCAAGGACAACAACAAGAUUUUCCAGGACCAGUGGAAGCGAGGCCAGCCCGUGAUAGUAUCAGACGUUUGCAAUACCAUCGAUAAAGAUUUGUGGAACCCCGAAGCAUUUGCACGCGAUUUUGGGGACGAGAAGAACGACCUGGUUAAUUGCAUGACCGGAAACUUGGUCCCCAAUCAGCCAAUGCGGAAGUUUUGGGAGGGCUUCGAAGAGCCUUCAAAACGCCUCAAAGAUGAACGUGGUCAACCAAUGCUGCUGAAGCUAAAAGACUGGCCGCCUGGCGAGGAUUUUGCCGAAAUGCUACCGACGCGGUUCCAGGACUUGAUGCAGGCAUUGCCGCUGCAGGAAUACACGCGUCGCAGCGGGAAACUCAACCUUGCCUCCCGUUUGCCGGAGUGUUUCGUACGACCAGAUCUGGGCCCAAAAAUGUACAAUGCUUACGGGUCGGCGUUACAUCCGAAUAAAGGAACCACCAAUCUGCAUCUGGAUGUGAGCGAUGCCGUGAAUGUGAUGGUGUACGUGGGUGUGCCAAAAGACGGCGAUUCGGACGAGCAUAUCAAAGAGGCUUUCCGCGCGAUUGACGAAGCUGGAUGUGAUAUUCUGACUAGGAGACGUGUGCGUGAUAAAGGCGAACUGCCGGGCGCGUUGUGGCACAUCUAUAAUGCACGUGAUGCAGAUAAGAUCAGAGAUUUGUUGAACAAAGUGACUGUUGAACGUGGCGGUAGAUUGGAACCGCACAAUGACCCGAUUCACGAUCAAAGUGGAUAUCUAGAUGGGCCGCUACGGGAAAGACUAUACAAGGAAUACGGUGUGGAAGGUUAUGCAAUUGUGCAGUGCUUGGGAGAUGCCGUUUUCAUUCCUGCUGGAGCGCCACAUCAAGUGCGCAACUUGCAUAAUUGCAUCAAGGUGGCCGAGGACUUUGUCAGCCCAGAGAAUGUAGCCCACUGUUUCCAUUUGACGCAGGAGUUUCGAGGUCUCAGUGACACGCACUCCAACCAUGAAGACAAGCUGCAGAUCAAAAACAUUAUUUACCACGCUGUCAAGGACGCCCUGAGCACGCUUGGAUCAAUUGUAAAUCAGCGGCUUGGCCGUCGAGCAAUAGCCGUCGAUGAUGCCGAUUCGUCAGCCGAUGGCGACUCAGCGUGAUCUCGUCCAAUGAAUGUUGUUUGCCUUUGACAGGCACUUUGGAAACAACUCCAAGUGGGACGUUUCUCAUUUGUCAAGCCGAUUGAAUAAUAAUAUAAAGUUGCAUAUACACCUCGAACUGGAAACCUCUUUGAGAAUGCAGGGCUUGUGCCAAAAUUAUUUGUCAUUAUGUUAGUUAAUCCUGAACAAAACAAUAUGUACAUACGGUUUGAGACAGAGCCGGUACCAUUUCCUCACUGUACAUAACUAUAGAUGACUGUACAAAGCAGACUUAAAUUCGGUUGCAAGUUGCACGGUAAAACUUCCUGUUGUAGAUUCUCGUGUGCUUUCACGGCACAAUGGAUUUGUUGUAUUAAAACUAUUAAGCAUAUUUACGUACCCUUUUGUCUGCCUGUGGCGAGUAAUCGCAGGUGUAGACAUCUAUUGUUUAAAAAACCCCUUGCUCUCAAUUUCUACUACUCAUACACACAGCGUUUAGAUUGGCUCUAAUCCAAAUCAAAAUUAAUUCCUGGGUUUCAGUCAUUUAUUGUC